GGCAUAAAACCGGUCGCUGCGACAGGACUUGUGGCGCUUUGGUCCCUGCAAAGUUCUCUUAGUAGGUCUCUUCCUGCAGACACAGAUCCAGCCAUGUCGAAGCCAAAGGAUACAGGCUCCUCUAUCAUCCACACCCAGCAGCUACAAGCUGCUAUGGCAGACACCUUUAUUGAGCACAUGUGCCUGCUGGAUAUCGACUCUGAGCCGGCUGUGGCUCGCAACACUGGCAUCAUCUGCACAAUUGGACCUGCCACCCGAUCUGUGGAGAUGGCCAAGGAAAUGAUCAAGGCUGGGAUGAACAUUGCAAGAAUGAACUUCUCCCAUGGCACACAUGAAUACCAUGCCGAGACCAUCAAGAAUGUCCGCGACGCAACUGAGAGCUUUGUACCUGGAUCUGUUGACUACAGACCAGUGGCCAUCGCUCUGGACACCAAGGGACCAGAAAUCAGGACUGGACUUAUCAAAGGCAGUGGCACUGCUGAGGUUGAGCUGAAAAAGGGUGAAACCAUCAAGAUCACGCUCGAUGACCAGUACAAAGACAACUGUGAUGAGAAAAUUCUGUGGCUGGACUACAAAAACAUCACUAAGGUUGUGCAGGUUGGAAGCCACAUUUAUGUUGAUGACGGUCUGAUUUCCCUCAAGGUUAAAGAAGUCGGCAGCAAUUACUUGAUUUGUGACAUUGAGAACGGCGGCACGCUGGGCAGCAAGAAGGGCGUCAACCUGCCCGGAGCUGCUGUUGACCUGCCUGCAGUGUCUGAGAAGGACGUUCAGGACCUGCAGUUUGGCGUGGAACAGGGUGUUGACAUGGUCUUCGCCUCUUUCAUCCGUAAGGCCGCUGACGUUCAUGCUGUCAGGAAAGUGCUGGGUGAGAAGGGCAAGGACAUCAAGAUCAUCAGCAAGCUGGAGAACCAUGAGGGCGUGCGCAGAUUUGAUGAGAUCCUUGAAGCUAGUGAUGGCAUCAUGGUGGCCCGUGGAGAUCUGGGAAUUGAAAUCCCAACCGAGAAGGUCUUCAUCGCCCAGAAAAUGAUGACCGGCAAAUGCAACAGGAUUGGCAAGCCAAUCGUCUGUGCCACACAGAUGCUUGAAAGCAUGACCAAGAAGCCUCGCCCUACUCGCGCUGAGGCCAGUGAUGUUGCAAAUGCUGUGCUGGAUGGCAACGACUGUAUCAUGCUGAGCGGUGAGACGGCCAAGGGAGACUACCCUCUGGAGGCAGUGCGCACACAGCAUUUGAUCGCCCGUGAAGCUGAGGCAGCCAUGUUCCACAGGCAGGUGUUCGAGGAGCUGCGUCGCCUCACUCAUUUGACCCGUGACCCCACAGAGUCCGUCGCUAUUGGUGCCGUCGAGGCUUCUUUCAAGUGCUGCGCCAGUGCAAUCAUUGUGCUAACCAAGACUGGCAGGUCUGCUCACAUGCUGUCGAGGUACAGGCCCCGUGCCCCCAUCAUUGCUCUGACCCGCUGCGGUCAGGCCGCCCGCCAGGCUCACCUGUAUCGCGGUAUCUACCCUGUGCUCUACACCAAGACUGCCAACGACGUCUGGGCUGAGGACGUGGACCUGCGUGUGAACUUUGCUAUGGAAGUUGGCAAGCACCGCAAAUUCUUCAAAACUGGAGACAUGGCCAUUGUUGUGACCGGGUGGCGCCCAGGGUCUGGUUACACCAACACCAUGAGGGUUGUGCUGGUGCCUUGAACUUCAUCAAAAAAUAUCACUUACUACUCGUCUGCAGCCCACCUUCCCUCCAUAUUGAACUUUGUUACUGCUUUCAGAAAGCUCUUCUGUUGAUGUCUACAGACUCCAUGAAUAAAUGUCUCAUUCACUGUCUAAAUCCUGCUGCUGGAGACUAAACUUUUUAGUGGCAACCCUUCUGGUGAACAAAGUGAACAACAUUGCUUCUCAGUGCACACUUUAGCCUCAUUUCAAGCAAUUUUUUUCCUUUGUUCAUGGCUAGUGCAAAUGUAUCAUUGUGAAGUGAACUGGUAUGACUGGGUUUACAUCCAUUAAAAGGAACUAUGUGAUCAA